AUGAAUUGGACUCCACUCGGUCUCCUUCUGCUUCUCUGCGUCCAAAAUGCGAUUCUUGUCCAAUCCGGACGUGUCGCGAGAUACGCCGCCUCCCAAGAACUUCUGGAUUUGAUAAAUUUCCAAAGAAAACAACUGGCAGAAGUUGGACAGAUCGCUGAUAUGUAUGAAAUGAUUUGGAGUGAUGACUUUGAGAAAAAGGCGAGCCAAUUAUCCUGUGAGAGCAUUCGAAAACCUGGAGCCAACUACAUGACAGCAGUUUUAUACGACAAAUUGACUCAAUCACGUAUCAAUUCUGGCACCCAAAAAGAGCAAGAACAAGCGUCUGUUGAGUCUGGAACUAUCGCUUUCGGCUUCCCACCACAAUUCAAAAUCGGAUGCACUGAUCUUGAAACUCCUUGUCCAAUUGUGGGAACUGCGUCGAGCAUUGUCAGUGUCUGUUUGAUAGGACCAUCAUCAAAUUGGUCGCUCGAUAAAGUCAACCAUGGUGCACCUGGAUCUCAGUGCUCAUAUGGGAAAACGGAUAAUGGGUUGUGUCGAGCGCCGAUGUAG